AUUUAAUGGCCGAAAUGUCAAAAAUCAAUAUAUGUGAAUUCCACUUUCAUCCUGACUAGAGAUUAGCGAUUUUAAAGGAAAAUAAUGAACGACUGAGCCCAUGUGGAACCAGACAUUUGUCUACUCUGGUCUACGUAGGGCAGACCUGCGUGCUAGAGCUUUAGAAGUCACAGUUUGGGACUACGUCAGAUUCGGUGCCAACGACUUUCUUGGAGAGACUGUGAUAGAAUUGUGGCCGUUAGAUGAGCAACCAAUGUGGCGGACGCUGGGACCACACGAAGAGGUGGCGUUAACGCCUAGCGAGCACCUGUCCCCACCCAGCACAGGUUCCCGUUUCUCUGACAGCGACACGCCCAGCGAGUGUGACGUCGAUGCAGGAGGGGGCGUGACAACUGUCAGUGGGCGGAGAAACGCGGAUGGCGCCAGUGUGAGCAGCGUGGGGAGUAGCAGCAGUCCACCGAGGGAGCCAAUGGUAACGGAGAGGAGAAGUAGACGAGAGGGGUAUGAGGUGGCGGAGACUACCGGGAGAAGGCUGGGCCACUCAAGGUCGCAUUCCGCCGCCCCCUGCGAUUCCCCAUCGACACGCUCGUCCUAUCAUCCCCACCACCGGUCUUUGUCACCGCCCGAAGCGCGAAUGAGCGACUAUUCAUCCAAUAGGAGAGCGACAAGGUUCCAGUCAAGGUCAGCCACCGCGACGCCCACCGGCUCGCCUAAGAAACGACAGCUGCCUCAGGUACCUCAUGCAUUAGCAAGAGCACUACAAGAGCGAGUUGCUCAGGAUCUAGAAGAAAGAGGAAACGGUAGGAGUGGCAGAAUGGGGAGGUAUGUCCACACGUACCGCAGUUCGACGUUCGGUGGCGGAAGCGGUUGGGACCGAAGAUACAGCGGAUUGAGUGACAGCGAUCUGGCCAAUCACACGCGUUCAACGCGGCGCUCCUAUUCGCCGGACAGGGACAGAGACCCAAUGGGAUUGGUGGACUUUGACAGCGACAUGGAAUCGGUCGCUUCAGUGACCAGUAGCGCAUUUUCCACACAAUCGGAGCGACCUAGAGGAGCCAGUAGGAUGCCUUGCGAGUACCCGUACGGGUAUCGGAAUAGCAGCAAAGACCAAAGAGACCACGAUCUGCUGGACCCCAUAGAGCCCCUAGAUCAGCACCAGCACUACUCCUCGAACCAUCAUAGCCACCAUCACCAUCACCAUCAUCACCACCAUCGAGAUGGAAGCGUGAAGAGGGGCCAGUUCACCAGGAGUUUGUCCAACACUGAUCCACCACCUGAUGAGAGGACAGAUGGCAGCCUGAGCGACACGGCAGUAGGCCAGAUCCAAGGGCUGGACGUGGCUCAGAAAGAGAACAACAAUAACAACAACCACCGAAAAGACAUUCACAGGGAGAGAGACAGUGACAGACAGGGCGGCCAGUUUGUCGGACUGAGUAAAAAAAGCAAUUCCACUAGCCAGCUUUCGGCGACAGGUCGAAAACGUCGCAUGGGGUUCGGUAAGAGAGGGAAGACCUCUUUCACCGUCCACCGGUCCGAGGAGAUACUACCCGGUGAUGUGCGGCUGUCUAAACAGGGCUCGUCGGCGUCCAGCGACGGAGAGGGGUCUACAGAUGGGGACAGGUUUACGAUAAGAUAGAAAACAUAUCGAAUGUUACAUGGGGUAGCGAAUGGAUAUUACUGAAAAUGAAAAAGUUGCUGUUAGGAAAUAAGAAAAAUACACGACCCAAUAUCUUGCAUUUUGGAAUGGUGAUUUGAACUCGUCUCUUAAAUGUCUCAUAGAGUCUAUCUGUGUAUCGCCAACUGCUGGUAUUUCGACGUUAUAUCGUUCUUUUACAAACUAGGACAUGUUUAGAUGCAC